AUGGCUUAUUCAGACUUCAUAACCAAUGCCUAUAAGUCAGAACGUUUAAUCUAUAGGGCUAUGGAGGACAAUCAGGAGGACAAAGCAUGGGUAGCGGAAUUUUUACUAAACGAUCCCGCUGUCACGAUCAUGGGGACCCCGCGACUCGCCCUCCCGGCGCCUCUUAGCUCUGCCCAAGACUAUUUGAAUUUCAACAAAGGAAACCUCCUUAACCUUCUGAUUUGUGUUCCACCAGAUGUCCAAGAUGCGGCAUCUGAGGGUGAGUCUGGCGAGGGCAGCAGGAAGAAACCUAAGCCAACGCCGGUAGGCACCAUCAGCCUUGUCAACCAGGGCGCACAUGUGCAGCACCACCGAAACGCCACGAUAGCCAUCAACAUCAUUGCGCCUUACCGUGGGAAGGGGUACGGAGGGGAGGCUAUCAACUGGGCCCUCGACUGGGGCUUCAGGAGGGCGGGACUACAUCGCAUCAGUAUCAGAACUUUCAGCUACAACUCCACAGCCCUUCAUCUGUAUCGGAAAUUAGGCUUUGUCGAAGAGGGCCGUGAGCGCGAGACAUGUCUCCUUGACCGGAAGUGGCACGACACUGUCAUACUAGGAAUGUUGGAACAUGAGUGGGAAAAGGUCAGGGGUAUUGAAAGUUCUUGAUACCUACCAACAGCUGGAAUACCAUAUUAGCGCAGCUGAGAGGGAAAUUAGAUGUAAGCGAGGAGACUACGGCUUAACUAUGAGUCGCUAUAGGGGAGAUUAUUACUUGAAUACAGAGAGCCUUGUUAUAAUC